AUGGCUACGCCGAGUACCUCGUGGGAGACCCUGGCAGCCGCAAAGCGAGAAGCCAUCCUCAACUCCAUCCCCACGAAAUGGAGACUGGCUAGCAUCCCCUCAGUAGAGGAGCAGCGCGAUGUUACAGGCACAUAUUUGCAAGAUUUCCUUUCUCCUAGAGAGAUCGAGAUAACCGAGACAGAUGCUGUGGGGAUAGUGGAAAAGACGUCUUCAGGUCAGUGGACCGCAGUCGAAGUGGCGGAAUCUUUCUGUCACAGGGCCUCCUUGGCCCAUCAGUUGCUCAAUUGCCUCCAUGAGACUUUCUUCGACGCUGCAUUAGCCGACGCGAAGGAGCUUGAUGAGUAUAUGGCCCAGCACAAGAAGCCGAAGGGCCCUCUGCAUGGUCUUCCCGUGUCGUUGAAAGACCAGUUUCACGUCAAAGAUGUCGAGACGACCAUGGGGUAUGUUGGCUGGAUUGGCACUUUCCAAGGACUCAAGGGAGACAAGCGCGCAAAAGUAUUCGAGAGUGAAAUGGUACGCGAACUCCGCCAGCUUGGGGCGGUACUCUACUGCAAGACCAGUGUCCCGCACACUCUAAUGUCUGGAGAGACAAUUAACAACAUUAUUGGGUAUACUUGGAACCCAAAGAAUCGCAACCUCUGCUCUGGUGGCAGCUCUGGUGGUGAAGGAGCGCUGAUAGCAUUUCGUGGUUCGCCUGGUGGGUUCGGCACAGAUAUAGGUGGUUCUAUUCGUAUACCCGCAGCCUUUUGUGGUCUCUUCGGCCUCCGUCCAACCAUAGGCAGACUUCCAUACGAGGGCAUGGCAAACGCAAUGGAUGGACAAAAUACGGUGCUCAGCGUAGUCGGACCGCUUUCGACCUCUGCCGGUGGUCUCAAGCUCCUAACCAAAGCCAUACUAUCCGCCGACCCCUGGAACCACGACCCACUAGUGACGGAAAUGCCUUGGCGAAACGAACUCGAAAAUCAGACCAAAGAUUAUCUGGCUGCGUCUGAUCUCGCUGUCGGUAUUUUUGAGCACGAUGGCGUAAUUGGAAUACACCCGCCUCUCAAGCGCGCAAUGAAAAUCGUUCGCGACAUUUUCAGUUCGUCUGGUAAUAAAGUCACAGACUGGCAACCACCAAGCCAUGGAGCCAUCGGGGACUUGGUACUCAAAACAUGGGUCUACGAUGGAGGUAAAGAUAUUUUGGAGGCUUUCAAACUAUCUGGCGAACCAUGGGCACCACAGAUAAACCUCCUCGCCGAAUCACGACCGCAGGCGACUGCGUCUGAAAUUGCUGCUGUCAAUCGCGGACUGCGGGAAAAGCGAAAGGAGUAUCUCGACUACUGGAACAGUACACAAAACACAAGCGGGACUGGGCGACCGGUUGAUGUGUUCGUCUCACCUGUGGCGCCAUUCGCCGCUGCGCGCGAAGGCAGAUAUGACUAUUACGGCUACACUUGGUAUGUCAACGGGCUGGAUCUCCCUAGCAUCGUCGUCCCCAUCACGACAGCAGAUCGCCGCGUAGACGUCCCCGAUACUUCAUACAAGCCGGUGAGCGACCUGGACAAGAAGAUACAGAAUGACUACGAUCCCGAGAUAUACCAUGGCACCCCGGUCGCGCUCCAGUUGGUUGGUAGAAGAUUUCAGGAGGAGAAACUUCUGGCGAUCGCUGAGUGGCUAGAGCAACAGCUCAAGGGCUACCAACCAUAA